CUUCUUCCUCGCACAGCCGAUAAGGGCGUCCAGAACUUUAAAGAGGCAGGGGCAUGUUAUGGUUGGACGAGGAAGAGGACGGAGAAAAAACGAACCAAUCAGCGCCUACUCGGGGCCCCAGGGACUGUUUGUCGAACGAGAAGCUCCGCCCCUUUAGUGAGACAUGUGGAGAAUGAGAGUUCUGAAGAGCUCGCGCGUGGAGAGAGAACGUGAACGGGAGAUGGCUGUCUAAUCAGAUGACGAAGUGAAGAAAGCUGUUAUCACGAUGGCUUUGCAGCUGAUGUCCCAUCAUUUCUCUGUGGGGGUUUUUACUGGGAGAAGCUCUUUCUAUCCUUGGGCAUGUUCCAUUUGCAGAUUGUGCUCAGUUCCAAAGGAAUACCUGGCAGGGCUCAGAAACCCACCACAUCGACUCAGAUUUCUGAGGCUGAGGCCUUUUAGCUCAUCCCCAGUGGUUUACAAGUUACACAGUAGGGAUCUGAAAGAGAGACAGUCUGACAGCAUCUCUGAAGCAGCCAACAAAGAAGAAGAGGAAUCCGAGGAAGGCUUUGGGAUGUUGUCUCAAAAGUUUUCUUCUAGACAGUUUUUUCACAAAGCUACUGCAGAAUUUCACAACUUACAACUCAAAACCCAGGAGGUGGAGGAAGAAGAAGAUCUGGAACCAAAACCCAGACAAGGUCCCAGGAACACUCCGUACUGGUAUUUCUUGCGGUGUAAGACAUUGAUAAAGGAAGAUAAGCUGGCAGAGGCUUUGGACCUCUUUGAGAUCCAGAUGCUGAAGGAGGAACGUCUCCAGCCAGAGGAGAGCAACUACACAGUGCUGAUGGGUGGAUGCGGCAGAACUGGCUACGUGAAGAAGGCAUUCAAGCUCUAUAAUGAUAUGAAAAAGCGAGGCUUGACUCCGACUGACGCCACAUACACAGCCCUGUUCAACGCCUGCGCAGAGUCACCCUGGAAAGACUCGGGCCUGCAGAGUGCACUGAAGUUGCGACAACAAUUACUGAACAAAAAUGUGGAGCUCAACCUAAUCACAUACCAUUCCCUGUUGAAAGUCUGUGCCUUCUGUUCAGAUCUCCGGAUGUGCUUUGAUAUAUUGAAGGAAAUUGUCCACAAAGGCCAUAGGGUCACCACAGAUACUUUCAACUUCCUGCUCAUGGGAUGCAUAAAAGACAGAGAAAAUGGGUUUCGCUAUGCCUUGCAGGUUUGGCAGCAGAUGAUUAAACUGAACAUAAAACCCGACAGUUACAGCUACAACUUGAUGCUCAACGCUGCCAGAGAGUGUGGCCUUGGUGACCCCCUUGUAGCUUCUGAUUUGUUACUAAGAACCUCUGAGGAAAGCCCAGCUGUCUUGAGGCUGGAGGCUGGUAGGAAACACCAGAAGGCGAAGGGUCGGACAGGAAAGGAAACAGGUACUGGAACUGCAGUGCAGUUGGAUGUGGAAAUGUUGGAAAAGCGUGUGUUCCUGGAGGAGUACAGAAUGCCGGAGAAGCAAUUCUUUAGCCAAAAAAGCAAAGGUAUAAGCAAUGAUCAUGCAAAUGCAAAGACUGGUGAGAUUUCUUCUUCAUCAGAUUCCACUAUACCCAGGGAAUUGGUGAUCUCUGAUCAAAGCCCGCAGGCUCCAGAUUCUACAGAAGCGAACUCUGUGUGUUUUUCCAGAGCCUCAUAUAACUUCCCCAACUUGCUGGACUCGCAGGUCCCAAACAAAAAUGUGGUUUUCUUAGGGACCGUGGCCACAGCCUCCGACAGACUGGCUCUUAUGGGGGACAUGGAGGGUUUCUUAAAGAAAAUGAAGGAUGACAACGUGGCGUCCAAUAUUAAAACUUUCACGCUGCUGGCUGAGUUGGUGGAGCCCAACAGCCAGUCAGAGUCGUCUUUGCUGACUGCAAUGGAAGACAACAACGUGAAACCAGAUCUAACUUUUUUUAAUACUUUGUUGAGGAAGAAGAGCAAACAAGGAGAUCUGGAGGGAGCAAAGAGCCUGCUGCCCCUCCUGCUGAAGGAGGGACUAUCACCCAAUCUACAGACGUUUUGCAACUUGGCAAUAGCCUGCCGCAAACAGAAAGAUGGAUUGCAGUUACUCUCAGACAUGAAGCGGUCUGGAGUAAAUCCCAACGUACACAUCUACGGUGCACUUAUAAAUGCCGCCGUGAAGAGACUCAACUAUGCCUACCUCAUCAAGAUCCUCAUAGACAUGAGUAAAAACCAAGUUCCUCCAAAUGAAGUUGUCCUGCGUCAGCUGGAGUUUGCAGCCCAGUAUCCUCCUCACUUUGAUAGGUACAAACAAAAGGACCGUUACCUGGAGAAAAUUGAUGGCUUUCGAGCCUACUACUUCCAGUGGCUGAAGUGGAUGGCAGCAGAAGAAACGCCACACCCUUGGGCAAAAUACAGAACUCCCAAGCAAUCAACAAACAAAGAUAAUAUAGAAGAUGCACAAAACCACAGCAGCCAGAUGGGACAGUAGAAAAAUAAAAUGAAUGUUUGUACUCCA